AAGUUCGCACCUUUGGUACUUGCCGCUUCCUGGCCGCUCAAGAGGUCCACCGUAGGUCCACCCACGAGUCGCGGCGUUGUGUACGAAUUCUCUCUGGGCUGCGCUGUAUCAAUACAAACAAAAUCAAAUUGUGUACACAGAAAGCGCGUGCUUCGCUUCGUUGGCCGGUCGGCUCUCGGGACGUUGGUAAAAAAAAGGCUUUUCAGAUUCCGUUCCGAGCCUUCCCGUAGCACGAUGUCCAUUCUGUUAACCUGUUAGGCCUGUCGCGGAAAGCCAGGGGGUAUGAAACGGUCCCCGAAAUUCACCAGGAACAAGACCGACCCGCCGAAGCUACAGCCACUACCCCGACGACAGCUUCUGGGUCACGGCACCUACUGAGCCACAAAAAAGGGCGCCGCAGGGCUCGCGGGCGAUGUCGAGCGCGCCACCGACUGGCUCUGUCGCUGCGCCGCCGGGCCAAACCACUCCGCAAGGAUCGUCCGGAAACACACCGCAGGGAUCGUCCGGGAACAACCUUCAGAGGAUAGCCCACAAGAAGUCGCAGGUGAAGGCCUGGCCGCUCAACAAGAAGCUCGAGAAACUCGCCAUCUAUUCGUCGUGCAAGGCGGACGAUGGCUGCAAGUGCAAUGGCUGGAAGAACCCAAACCUACCCCAGACCCCGCAACGGCUCGAGGGACCCCAGCCUCUGGCCAACCUCAACGAUCCCUGUCGCAGCUGCAGCCACGUUUUGGGGGCACAUGUGUCUCACCUUGAGAACGCACCGGAGGAAGAGCUCAACAGACUCCUCGGGAUCGUGGUGGACGUUGAGAACAUGUUCAUGUGCGUCCAUCGUGAGGAGGAUGCAGACACCAAACAAGUCUACUUCUAUCUGUUCAAGCUGCUGCGCAAGAGCAUCCUCUUGAUGACACGCCCCACCGUAGAAGGACCACUUGGAAACCCUCCCUUCGAGAAGCCAAGCAUCGCAAAGGCAGUCACCAACUUCGUGAUGCACAAGUUUGGGCACCUGUCGCAGAAGGAGUGGCAGACCAUGUACGACCUGGCCAAGAUGUUUCUCCACUGCCUCAACCACUGGAAGCUGGAAACCCCUUCGGCCAGGAAGCAGCAGCGGCAACACUCCUCCAACGAGGACGCCGCCGCUUACAAGAUCAACUACACCAGGUGGCUGUGCUUCUGCCACGUGCCAGCGUUCUGCGACAGCCUGCCGCACUCGGAGACCACCAUGAUCUUCGGGAGGACGCUGCUCCGGUCGGUGUUCCAGACGAUGCGUCGCCAGCUGCUGGACAAGUUCAGGGCCGAAAAGGACAAGAUGCCUGCCGAGAAGAGGACGCUCGUCCUCACGCACUUCCCACGAUUCCUGUCCGUGCUGGAAGAGGAGGUCUAUGGAAGCAACUCCCCGAUCUGGGACCCCGACUUCAAGCAGAACCCUCCUGCAAAUGCCACAAGCGCCGACAGAAGUGCCACGAGCAACGGGACCGCCCAUUCGAGAGGCUUUGAGAAGCUUGCCGUCUCCAGCUCACCAGGCUCCGGUGCGGACAGCUACACCACGGUGCACCUGAGCCCAGGAACGCAUACGUCUAGCCGUUCCUCCAAGGCCAUCAGCAUACCAGAUGCCCAAGGAGAGAAGCGGCUUAAUGAUGAAGCCCACGCACCGGAGGCGAAGAGACGCAGGAUAGAAGGUGAUCUUCCUGAAGAGGUGAUUGCUCAGCUGGUAGCCACCAUCACAGACCCCAAACAAAUGUUGGGACCAGAUACGAGCGGCUUCUCGGAGUUGGCGGCGAGGGACGAGGCGGCGCGUGCCGAGGAACGCAAGGGGCUCAUCGAGUUCCACAUGGUGGCCAACGCCCUGAGCAAGCGGGUGGACCAGCAGUCCCUGGUAUGGCUGGUGGGGCUCCAGAACGUCUUCUCCCACCAGCUGCCAAGGAUGCCCAAGGAGUACAUCACCAGGCUCGUCUUUGACCCGAAGCAUCGCACGCUUGCUCUGGUGAAGGAAGGCCGCAUCAUUGGCGGGAUUUGCUUUCGGAUGUUUCCGGGUCAGGGCUUUACGGAGAUCGUUUUCUGUGCCGUCACCUCCAACGAGCAGGUCAAGGGUUAUGGGACUCACUUGAUGAACCACCUGAAGGAUUAUCACGUGAAGCAGAACAUCCUGCACUUCCUGACUUUCGCGGACGAAUUCGCGAUUGGCUACUUCAAGAAGCAGGGAUUCUCAAAGGACAUCAAGCUGCCCAAGUCGGUCUACACGGGGUACAUCAAAGACUACGAGGGGGCAACGCUCAUGGGCUGCGAACUGGACGAGCGGAUAUCCUACACAGCGUUCACCCACGUCAUUAGGAAGCAGAAGGAGAUUGUCAAGAAAUUCAUCGAGAAGCAGCAGGAACACAUGCAGAAAGUGUACCCCGGCGUCCCCUGCUUCAAGGAGGGCGUCAGAGAAAUUCCCUUGGAGAGCAUUCCAGGACUGCGUGAGGCAGGUUGGAAGCCAGACAAGAAAUAUGUGAAGCAAGAGCAGAUUGACCCCGAUCAACUCUAUCAGGCCAUGAAGUCGGUUUUGAUACAAGUUAAGAAUCACAGUAGUGCGUGGCCUUUCCAAAAGCCAGUGGAGAAAGCAGAAGCUCCAGACUACUAUGAUCACAUCAAGUAUCCAAUGGACUUGAAGACGAUAACGGAGCGGCUGAAAAACCACUACUACGUCCACAAGCGCCUGUUCAUCGCGGACAUGCAGAGGAUCUUCAGCAACUGCCGAGCAUACAACAGCCCGGACACAGAAUACUACAAGUGCGCCAACACUCUGGACAGGUUCUUUCAGAAUAAAAUGAAGGAGGCAGGCCUUUGGGACCGUCAGUGACAGGCCAUUGGGCAGUUCAAAGUGUGAAUUCAGUUGUAGUAUCUUGUUGUCAUCGUAUGCAAAAAGAAAAAAAAAAAUCGCAAACAAAAAACAAGCGGACAUUGUACGUGUCAAAGUUGUCUGUUGGAAAGUUUAUGAAGAGCCUGUUCUUGCAGUGUUGCUCGUGUAGAUGUUUUUUGUGUAUAGAAUGCGGUAUGACCAGACUCCUUAAGUUUUGCUAGCAUCGAGAGACGUUUCAUACUUUUUUUCUCGUUUUUAGUGGGGUAAAAAUAUUCUGCUGCAUUGGAACUGGACUAAUUAACAAUGUAUGUUAUUGUUUGUUAAGUGGAAUGGAGAUGUCCUUUAAAAGUUGCACACCCUCCUCACCUUUGGUUUCUUGAGCGAAUUUCCGUGUUUGUUCAGUGACAGGAGCAAGCCCCAUCCAUUUGGUUGUCAGGAAGAGGUGCACAGAGUAGUUUGCCAUUUUCUCACUCUGCUGUUCGAGGGCUUUUGGUAUUGCUGGCAAACAGGCAGGAGAGCUUUUUUGAGGUUGGUCCUAUCUGCCAGUGUGAAGAGGGAAAGGGAAACGACCUGCAAGACGACAUCGGUCACGUGGCGCAAGAUGCCGUGCGUGCCAAAAUCUUUGAUUUAGAGAAUGGCGGACUCUGAGUCAUAAUUACGACACAUUGCAAGUGUAGCUACAGACUGUUUUCUCUUCUGUGCUGGAAAUUUAAAUUCAUCUCCACACUGCAUCAUUUUUUUUUUUAAACAUUUUUUUGCAUUUUGCAAUUUAUUCCAUGUCAACCAAUUUCGACAAGCAUAGAACUAGUGUUUCUCUUUUCUUUAAUGAGCCACGACAAUCUGUGGUAUGUCUUGUUUUCUUUGAAAACGAAGGAAAAUAAAAUUGUCUCAUCUCAA